CAUUGUAUUGUUUUCUGUCAAAGCUCGCGAAUUCAUUGAUUUUAUUUAUUUUUUGUUUUACUUUACCUAAAUGAAAGUUUUACGACUGUGUUUAUAGCUUAUUAUUAUGGCCAAUCAAGAGAUAAGUCUGAAAUGGAAUGGGUACCAGAAUAAUAUUUUAACAAACGUUAAAGAGCUGUUUAAAGACGAGGGCUUAUCUGAUGUUACAUUAGUUUCGGAAGGACAGAGUUUUAAAGCUCACAAAGUGAUUCUUUCUGCCAAUAGUGCCGUUUUCAGAAACAUAUUUCAGCAAAACCCCCACAGGGAUCCAAUUAUAGUGCUCCAUGACAUCAAUACUGCCUCUCUACGGACUUUGUUGACUUUCAUGUACAAUGGUGAAGUAAAUGUAACUGAAGAAUUCUUGCCUGUUCUAUUAAAAACUGCUGAAACUUUGAGGAUUUGUGGAUUGUCAACAGGCAAUGAUUCCAGUAAAGAGGAUGAGAAAACUACAUCAACAACAACACAGCCCAAAAAACGAAAGAAAAGUGAGCAUGAAGACAAUAACAAUAAAUGUAAAAGACUUUCAACCAUCGCUCCCAAAAAUGACAUAGUAGUUAAUUCAAGUAUACCACCUGAACCUACCAAGGCUAUUAGCAUUGUUCCUAAAGUGGAACCUAUAGAUUCACCACUAACAGAUUAUUCUGGAGAAAACACAAAUGACACAGAUAUAGCUUUAUUGGAAGAUGCCUUAGAAAAGAAAUAUAGAAUAAGUCCUGAGAGUCUCACUGGCAAAUCUCCAAGUAAUGUGAUUUCUGGUGAUGGUUGUACCAAAAAGUGGAUUAAUGAAGUGAGCAGUACUCAACCAUGCUUGAAUGCGAUGAACGAAAAAAUUUGUGGUAUAGAUGCAGUUGAAGAAGACAAGGAUAGUGUAGAGAUUGAUAAGGAAGUCGAAACUGUUCUGCAAAGUGGUACCAUUGUUGAGUCAUUAAGCAUAACCACUGAGAAUUUAAACUCUGUGUCUAGUGAAGCUCAGAUUUGUAAAGAUAAAAAUAACACAUGCUACGCAAACCCUUCGUUCCCGUGUCCAUUCUGUCCACGUAUUUACAAUAGCUGGGGAUAUAGACGGAGACAUGUGAAGUCAAGACAUACAACAAACAGGUUGUCUUGCAAAUGGUGUGUGACGGUGUUGCCAUCAACCGGCGCCUGGUAUUCUCACGCGACUCGAGCUCACGGUGUUCCCCACGAAGAAGCUAGGAAUUCUCUAGUAGUGAUGGUGGAAGCUCACGCCGUAUUGACUCUAAAUGAACCCAGCGUAGCCCAACUGCUGGGCCAGGUCGGUAUGACAGACGGAAAUAAUACCAAUGCCGAGAAAAAAGAGAAUUGAUUGAUAACUGUUUCCUGCUGGCGGUGAAAACUUCCAAUUUUGAAAAGUGUCCAAAAGUAAGUUAUUAAAGUAUUUUUUUUUACAAUUUGUACUUGUCCUUUUAUCUGGUGUUUAAAGAAAGAGUGAGUAAGAGCUGCUGCUCGCACGGGCG